GAUCCGCUUUCGGAAUAGAUUCUGCAUUUAUAGUAACCCAACACUUCCUGUUUCGAAACGGCAUGGGUGAUAUUCCAGAGGGUUGGGAAAAGAGAACUAGCCGGUCUAGCGGUAAAGACUACUAUCUGAACCUCUACACCAAGGAAAGUCAGUGGGACCCACCAUCCGAGCCCGCCAAGAAGAUGAGUGCCCAAACUGUGCGAGCAUCACACCUGCUGGUGAAACACUGCGAAUCUCGCAGGCCGAUGAACUGGAAGAAAGAGGAGAUAACUCGCACCAAAGAUGAGGCAUUGCAGUUACUUCUGGGUUAUCGGCAACAGAUAACAUCCGGCCAGGUAGAGUUUGGUGACCUAGCUAAACAGCACAGUGACUGCAGCUCUGCAAACCGGGAAGGCGACCUUGGAUCCUUCGGGCCAGGGCAGAUGCAGAAGCCCUUCGAGGAGGCCACCUUUGCCCUGGACGUCGGCGAGCUCAGUGAACCAAUCUGGACAGACUCUGGCGUACAUAUUAUUCUUCGCACAGGAUAAACUUUCUCUCCCAAACUCAUCACAGAAGUCAUUGUUACAAUCACAUUGUGGACUACCACAGUAAUAAUGUCAGUGACCAUAGUAACGCAAUAGAGGUUGCUGAAGAUGGAAGGAUGAGAUUCAUGUGAUGUGGUCAACUGAAAAAGAUUUAUGAACUGGAUUAUAUAGGUUUUGAUUUUUCUAUUUUGACCAUGUCUGUACACCAGUUUUUAAAAUUUCAAAUUUGUCUGAAUUUAGGGAAAAAAUCUCAUCAUGGCGGAUGCAAAUUAUGUAGCAUUUCGAGCUCAUUCCCCAUCUUAUUUACCCAGGGAAUGGAUGUAAAUUUAUGAAGCAUGUCUAUUUGACAACUUUUUAGAAGCAAUUUUGUCAACUUCCAUUUUUGUUCCAUUGGUUUAUUAUUUGAUAUUAAAAAUGGUCAUUCUAUUCCCCUUC